AUGUUCGCCUUCGCCAGCCUCCUCGCACUCCUCGCCGCAUCGGUGUCGGCCAUGCCGAACCUGAGCGUCCGCCAGAGCGGGGCAUCGUGCACGGGCCUCGCGGACGGCUCCACCGACUCUCCGUCGUACAACUUCACCCUCGCGGCGUACAACACGUCGUCGCCCAACAGCAACAGCACCGGCGCCCCGCUCGUCCUCGGUUGGGACCCGCCGGGACGAGCCCCGCGGCCAGCGAACGUACGCGGCAUGGCACUCGAACGAGUGGCCGUACUUCACUCUCUCGGGUGGUGCGCUCUACCCCAUCCCCGGCCCGACGAGGACGGCCUGGGCGCGUACGACUUCACGGUCGCGUCCGGUGCGGAAGUAGCCUUCUUCGUCACCGAGCACGAGUCGGAUCCGGAGCCUGCUCUCAUCUACUGCGCCGCUGCGGACAAUGAGUCAGACUACGCGAAACUCGCGGUGAACAACGACGCAGACAGUCUGUCGCUGUGCGAGGCGACAUCCUCGUGGGGCAACAUCGUCCUCGUGUACGAAGCUAGCACGAACAACAGCAAUUACGACUAUAGCACUUGUUACCCCGUCCAGGUCAACAUCAUUCCGUAUGAAGCGUGA